AUGUGCCCUCCCAAUACUGUAGCAUUAAAAGAACACAACCUGGGUCUAUUUCUAUCUAUCUGUCUUGGUUUCUUCAUAUCAAUUUAUCUAUCUAGCUUGGUUUCUUUAUAUCUAUCUAUCCUGAUAUCUAUCUAUCUGUCUAUAUUUCUUCAUAUCUAUCAAUCCUGGUCUCUUCAUAUCUAUCUAUCUAUGUAUCCUGUUCUCUUCAUAUCUAUCUAUCUAUCUAUCUAUCUAUCUAUCUAUCUAUCUAUCCUGUUCUCUUCAUAUCUAUCUAUUUAUUUAUCUAUCUAUCUAUCCUGUUCUCUUCAUAUCUAUCUAUCUAUCCUGUUCUCUUCAUAUCUAUCUAUCUAUCUAUCCUGUUCUCUUCAUAUCUAUCUAUCUAUCUAUCUAUCUAUCUUGUUCUCUUCAUAUCUAUCUAUCUAUCUAUCUAUCCUGUUCUCUUCAUAUCUAUCUAUCUAUCUAUCUAUCCUCUUCAUAUCUAUCUAUCUAUCCUGUUCUCUUCAUAUCUAUCUAUCUAUCUAUCUAUCUAUCUAUCUAUCCUGUUCUCUUCAUAUCUAUCUAUUUAUACUGUUCUCUUCAUAUCUAUCUAUUUAUACUGUUCUCUUCAUAUCUAUCUAUCUAUCUAUCUAUCUAUCUAUCCUGUUCUCUUCAUAUCUAUCUAUCUAUCUAUCCUGUUCUCUUCAUAUCUAUCUAUCUAUCUAUCUAUCUAUCUAUCCUGUUCUCUUCAUAUCUAUCUAUCUAUCCUGUUCUCUUCAUAUCUAUCUAUCUAUCCUGUUCUCUUCAUAUCUAUCUAUCUAUCCUGUUCUCUUCAUAUCUAUCUAUCUAUCUAUCUAUCUAUCUAUGUAUCCUGUUCUCUUCAUAUCUAUCUAUCUAUGUAUCCUGUUCUCUUCAUAUCUAUCUAUCUAUCCUGUUCUCUUCAUAUCUAUCUAUCUAUCCUGUUCUCUUCAUAUCUAUCUAUCUAUCUAUCUAUCCUGUUCUCUUCAUAUCUAUCUAUCUAUCCUGUUCUCUUCAUAUCUAUCUAUCCUGUUCUCUUCAUAUCUAUCUAUCUAUCUAUCUAUUUAUCCUGUUCUCUUCAUAUCUAUCUAUCUAUCUAUCUAUUUAUCCUGUUCUCUUCAUAUCUAUCUAUCUAUCUAUCUAUCCUGUUCUCUUCAUUAUCUAUCUAUCUAUCCUGUUCUCUUCAUUAUCUAUCUAUCUAUCCUGUUCUCUUCAUAUCUAUCUAUCUAUCCUGUUCUCUUCAUAUCUAUCUAUCUAUCUAUCUAUCCUGUUCACUUCAUAUCUAUCUAUCUAUCUAUCCUGUUCUCUUCAUAUCUAUCUAUCUAUCUAUCCUGUUCUCUUCAUAUCUAUCUAUCUAUUUAUAUUUUAUUCCAAUUCUAUCUAUCUAUUAUUCGAAUCUAUCUAUCUAUCUAUUAUUCCAAUUCUAUCUCUCAAUCUUUUAUUCCAGUUCUAUCUAUGUUUUAUUCUAAUUCUAUGUUUUAUUCUAAUUCUAUCUAUCUAUCUAUUAUUCUAAUUCUAAUUCUAUCUAUCUAUUAUUCUAAUUCUAUCUAUCUAUUAUUCUAA